UUAUACUCGUUGUCAAAAUUACUUAGCUUAUGUAAAUUAGAAAAUGUUAUAGUGUUUACUAAAACUGGAUAAAGUAAAUAAAAAUGUACACAGAAGUAGAUGUAUUUGUUAGUAAUUACACAUUGAUAGAUCCAGAGAUAUACCAACUGUGGAUUGAAGGAUGUUCUUCAAGUGAAGCGGUUUCAACUUUACAUCAGAGAUCUGUAGCGAAACAGACGGGAGCUACAGUCGAGCUUAUUGCUAGCGAUGUGUUGGACCAUUAUAGGACCUUUGCUCUUCUGGAACGACUCCUGACGGUGCCUUCAAAGCUAUCAGAACAAAUGACCUUUCAGAUUGAUGAACAAACCAAACAUAUGCUAAUUGAGAAAUACUAUGACCUUGAUGACACGGUUAUACGGGAACUCCUCGGAAGGAAGCUGUCUUCGCGACACAGAAAAGAUUUGGAUGAGGUAGCUGAACGCUCGAGUGCUCCGUUACGGUGCUGUCGCCGUCAGUUCGACAACGUCCGUCGUGUGUUCCAAGCUGUUGAGGAGAUGCCGGGGAACGUGGUGACGAACAUACGAACAACUUUCCUUAUAUCAGAGCCGCUUGCUAAGAAAUAUGGCGCCGUAGUGUUCAUAGCGUGCAUGAGGUUUGAGACGACUAAGCGCAAGCUGCAGUACUUGUCGUUCAACGACUUCUAUCACUGCGCUCAGGCCAUCAUGUCGAGCUGGACCUACAGCUGUACAGGUCCAGAGUACUACGACACUGAGAUGGACCGAGAGUUCCUGUUAGAGCUUCGUGAGCUGAGGAUACUGCUGGACAAGGAGAAGGAGCACAAACAUUUAAUAUGCAUGCGGUUGAAGCCCAAGUUGCUUGAGAAGUCAUAUCAAGAGCUGGAGCUAAACUUCAGGCUCUACUCGCGCGCUCUGGUCGGACUCGCCUGUAACUUACACAGAGGAAGGGAACUCAGAUCACUGUUCGUUGAUUUAUUGGAACGUUGCAUAGAACCUUUGCGUCUCGGAGGCUGGCCAAAGACAGAUUUAGCCCAAUUUCUUUGCGCCUACGAGCAAUGCGCGCUUCAGAUGGAUGUGCUCAGGGAGGCUGAUCUUAAGAGCGCGUGGGAGAGAUACAUGAAGGUUAUAAGCAGGUGUCUCCUAACAAUGUACCCAGCAUGAGAUAUUGUACAAUAAAACAAUUGCAUCCUAUCUAAAUGUA